UUGUGGUCUUUGAAUGAGUCUGCAAACGUUUACAUGCGCUGUAACAAUCCGGGGGAAGGCUCUUCAUAUAAACUUCUCUGUUCUUCCCUCACACCAUAGAAACUGCAAUGUCUUUAGCUAUGUUUCUGCCUUUCAUUCUUGCACUAGUCUUACAUCUUAAUGGCUUACAUGCCCAGAAUUCCAUGGCAAUAGCAUUAAACACAAGCAUCACUGCUGGAUCAAACUCCACUUGGAAGUCACCCUCUGGUGAUUUUGAAUUUGGAUUCCAUCGUCUUCCAACUGGUCUUUUUCUUGUGGGAAUAUGGUUUGGGAAGAUCCAAGAGAUAACAUUUGUAUGGUACCAUAGUCCCCCUGUGGAACCAAGUUCCUUAAUCGAUUUCACUUCUUUGGGACACCUUGUGGUAACACACCCAAAUGGAUCUAUUGCUCAGACAAUAUAUGAUGGAGGAAGCACUGCAACUUCUGCACACAUGCAAGAUGAUGGCAAUUUUGUCAUGAAGGACUCCAACUUAGGAUCUGUUUGGGAGAGCUUCAACUCUCCAGCUAACACAAUCUUACCGGGUCAAACCUUGCAAAGUAAUCAAAUACUCUACUCUAAGGGGAAAGGAACUUCAAACUACUCAAUGGGAAACUUCAUGCUGCAAAUGCAAGGUGAUGGGAACUUGGUGCUAAAAGCAUACAAAUGGUCAGACCCUGCAUAUUGGUACACUUUAACCACAUCAUUCCCAAAUGCUAAUUUGGUGUUUGAUGCUACUACUGCUUCCUUGUAUCUUGUUAGUGGCUCUAGGAAUAUUUUCAAUGUAACAAACAAAGCUCCAACCCCAGUAAAUGAUUAUUAUCACCGUGCUACAAUCGAUGAGAAUGGCAAUUUCCAUCAAUAUGCAUAUCACAAAAGAAAUGGCACUGAGUGGAGGAAUGUUUGGAAAGCUGUUGAGGAUCCCUGCAGAGUGGACGCUGUAUGUGGUGUGUAUGGCUUGUGCACUUCUCCUGACAAUGAAUCAGUGAAGUGUGAUUGUAUUCAAGGUUAUAUCCCAUUGGAUCAAGAAGAUUUGUCCAAAGGGUGUCAUCCAGCAGCUGUAAUCAAUUACUGUGCUGAACCUUCUGUGAUGAACUUCAAGGUGCAGGUGUUUGAGGACACUGAUUUUCAAUUUUAUCCAGAUUUUUCUCACCAAACAGAAGUUGAUUUGGAAGGUUGUAAGAAGUCUGUGAUGGAAGAUUGCAAUAUCAUUGCUGCAACUUAUAACGCUUCAACCUUUACAUGUGCCAAGAAGAGCAUGCCGUUGCUGAAUGCUAGAAGGAGUUCAUCUUCGAAGGGACAGAAAGCACUUCUCAAAGUUCCUAACAGUGUUGAGUCUAGAAUAUCUAAAGUUUCCAAGAAGAAGAGAUUUAAUGUGAGGGUUUUUUUGAAGGUUAUGCUUGCAGUUAGUGCCACUUUUGCCUGUUUCUUUGGUGCCCUUGCUGUUUACUAUCAUCCUUUUGCUCAGAGACUAACAAGAAGAAGGAAGUCUCUGAAUGCAGCUGCUAUUGGAAUCAACUUCAGGGAAUUCACAUUCCAGGAGCUGCAUGAAGCAACGAAUGGAUUCACUAGGAUUCUUGGUAAGGGAUCUUCAGGCAAAGUCUUCAGUGGAACUUUAAUAAUAGAAGAUGCAGAAAUUGGUAUUGCAGUAAAGAAACUGGAAAAGAAUGUUGAGAAAAGUGACAGUGAGUUCAUGACUGAGCUCAAAAUUAUUGGCCGUACCCAUCACAGAAAUUUGGUGAGGCUUUUGGGCUUUUGCAUUGAGAAUAACCAUAGACUUCUUGUGUAUGAGUUGAUGCCAAACGGAGCACUGUCCAGUGUUUUGUUUAGAGAGGGAGGAAGACCACAUUGGGGUCAAAGGAUUGAAAUGGCUCUUGGCAUUGCAAGGGGCUUACUAUACUUGCACGAAGAGUGUGAGACCCAGAUCAUACAUUGUGAUAUCAAGCCCCAAAAUGUGUUGCUUGAUGCCAAUCACACCGCAAAGAUAGCAGAUUUUGGGCUUUCCAAGCUUUUGAAAAAAGAUCAAAGCAGAACAAGCACUAAUUUACGAGGGACAAUAGGGUAUAUAGCACCUGAGUGGCUAAGAAGUGCACCAAUAACCGCCAAAGUUGACAUAUACAGCUUUGGGGUUAUGUUACUAGAGAUUAUUUGCUGCAGGAGGCACAUUGAGUCGUGCCAAGAUGACAUAGAUAGCCUAGAGGAUGAUUUGGUUCUUUCGAAUUGGGUUUUAAGAUGCAUGGUGUCUAGGAAACUAGAGCAAGUAGUGAGGCAUGAUUCAGAAGUGCUCAAUGAUUUCCAGAGAUUUGAACAAAUGGCCUUGGUUGGAUUAUGGUGUGUUCAUCCAAACCAAGCUCUUAGACCUUCAAUGAAGCAGGUCACACAAAUGCUGGAUGGAACCCUGGAAGUUGGGGUUCCUCCUUUGCUUUAUGAUCAGAUGAUGGCAAAUUCAGAUCAGGGAUUAUAGUUUGUCAAUGCUGUAAUAACUUGAACGAGCAUUUUUCAAGAGUUUUACUAGUGUUUAGAAAACUUGGACUCAUUGCAUGUAUCAUGUAUGUUCCUGGUGAUUAGUUUACAAUCUUCUGCUUUUGGUUGAUUAGUUUUAAACUUCUUAUACAAAAAAAUAUUUCCUUUUGCCU